AUGGGAAAUAUUAAGUUUUUCUUGUUGAUGUUUUUUCAAAUGGUGAUAGUGGCCAAUGGUUGUUGGGUGGAAGAGAGAAGUGCUCUCUUGGAGCUGCAAGCAAACAUAAUGAGUUCGAAUGGCGAAUUGUUGGUUGAUUGGGAAGGUUAUAAUACGAAUGGUUUUACAGAUUGUUGUUUUUGGAAAAGUGUAAAAUGCAGCUUAGAAACAGGUCGAGUGAUCAAACUCGAUCUCAAAACAAAUUUUGGCACAGGGGAUGGUUGGAGAUUUAAUGCCUCUCUCUUUCUUCCAUUCAAGUCCCUCCAAGUUCUUUUAUUGUCUUACAGAAAUAUUAUAGGGUGGACAAAAAAUGAAGGUUUCAGUAAACUAAAGCAGCUGCCUAACCUGAAAAUACUAGAUUUGCAAUUUAAUCCAAUCCAUCCAAAAGUGUUACUAUCAUCUUUAUGUUGGAUUUCAUCUCUUGAGGUUCUAAAACUUGGUGCAGAUGUUGAUACCUCUUUCAGCGUAGCCACAUAUAAUAGCAGCAUGGGUAAGAAAUGUGGAGGGCUAAGCAAUUUAAGAGAACUCUGGUUUGAAGGUUAUGGAAUCAAUGACAUCGAUAUCCUUUCUGUGUUGGGUAAUGGACUGAGGAAUUUAGAGAAACUCAUAUUGAAUGAUAAUGACUUCAAUUCCACCAUCUUUUCAUCACUCAAGAUUUUUCCGUCUCUCAAGCAUCUCAAUCUCGCCUGGAAUGAAAUAAAUGGAAAUAUCGAAAUGAAUGAUAUAAUUGAUUUGAGCAAUUUGGAACAUCUGGAUCUCUCGUAUAACAAUAUAGAGAGCUUUGUGACUACCAAAGGUAACAAAAUAAUGAGUUCUCUGCGGAAUUUACUAUUGGGAAGUUCCUACUCCAACUCUAGCAGAGUCAUACAGUCCCUAAAACCAUUCUCAUCUCUUAAGUCACUUUCUUAUGAACAUAGUGAUCUCACUUCUCCAACCAUAAUUUACGCAUUAAGAAAUUUGAGCACGAUGGAGUACCUAUACUUGGAGGGAUGUUCUCUAAAUGACAACUUUCUCCCAAACAUUGGACAAAUGACCUCUCUCUUGGUGUUCAGUAUAGCUUUUGGUGACAAUGAUGGCACCCUCCCUAAUCAAGGCUGGUGUGAACUCAAACACAUUCAAGAGCUGGAUUUUUCAGACAACAAUUUUCGGGGAACACUGCCUUCAUGUUUUGGAAACUUGACAUCACUUCGACGAUUGAGUUUUCCUAGGAAUUACUUCAAGGGAAAUAUAGGGUCACAUUCUAUUUGGAGGAGACUCACAUCACUUGAGUACCUGAAUAUUGCGGAUAACCAAUUUGAAGUUCCUCUGUCAUUCAACCAAUUUUCCAACAAUACAAAAUUGAUCUACUUCAAUGUUGGUUCUAAUGCAAUAAUUCCAGAUACCGAAUUCCAAAAUUGGAUCCCAAAUUUCCAGUUGGAGUUUUUUGCUAUCGACGGAUGUAAAAACCUUCAAAAAUUGCCUUCUUUCCUUCACUACCAAUAUGACUUGAGGAUUCUUGCUAUUGAAGGAAAUCAAUUGUCAGGGAUCUUUCCAACAUGGUUGUUAGAAAAUAACACCAGACUUGCUGGGAUUUAUAGUAGAGAUAAUGCUUUCAGCGGACCAUUCAAGUUGCCAUCGAGUUGUCACCUCCAUCUUGAGACAAUUGAUGUUUCUAAUAACAAAUUAAAUGGGCAUAUUCCAGAUAAUAUGAAUUCAGCAUUCCCAAAGCUUACUUAUUUGAACAUGUCACAAAAUUAUCUUGAAGGUCCUAUACCUUCCAAGAUUAGUGGCAUUCAUUUACAUAAUCUAGACCUAUCUCACAAUUUCUUAUGUGCAGGAGUUCCUAGUGAUCUGGCAAUUCAAUCUCCAGCAUUAGUUUACCUUCGAUUGUCACAUAACAAGUUAAAAGGUCAAAUUUUUCCGAAGGAUGUCAAACCAAGGAUGUUAUUAUUUUUGUUCUUGAAUGGAAAUAACUUGGAGGGACCACUACCUAGCAACAUGUUUAUCACAUCCCUUAUUGUAUUGGAUGCUAGCAACAACAAUUUCUCUGGAGAGAUUCCGAGAUGCAUUAGGGAUAAUACAAGAUUGUUACAACUUGAUUUGUCCAAGAAUCAUCUCAAAGGUUCAAUUCCAGUUGAGAUUUGCAAUUUAAAGCUCAUUCAGGUCUUAGCUAUAUCCGAAAACAGGCUUUCAGGCUUUAUUCCUUCUUGUGUGAAUUCUUUACCUCUCGAACACAUCCAUCUGGAGAAAAAUCAAUUGGGUGGUGAAUUGGGACAUGUACUUUUCAACUUCUCUUCUCUGAUAACUUUGGAUCUUGGGUACAACAAUUUUACAGGAAAUAUCCCACACACCAUAGGCUCGCUUAAUACUCUCAACUACCUUCUCCUAAGUAAUAACCAAUUGGAAGGAGAGAUUCCAAAUCAGAUUUGUAUGCUGAAAAAGUUAUCUAUUGUGGAUUUAUCUUUCAAUAAGCUUUAUGGUCCACUCCUUCCUUGUUUGAGCUACUUAACACAAGACAAAAAGGAUUCAAAGAUAAGUAAGACCAAUUAUGCUACGACUUCAAAGCGUUCAUGGUUAAAUUUUUUGCACUGGAUACGUUUGAAAAGGCACUACCACGAUAAUCAUGGAAUUCUAAGUGACAUAUUUUUGAUGGAUGUGGAAACUCAAGUCCAGUUUUCAACGAAAAGAAACUCAUACACUUAUAAGGGAAGCAUUCUGAAAUAUAUGUCGGGUAUUGAUCUCUCAAGUAACAGAUUAACUGGUGAAAUUCCCGUUGAGCUAGGGAAGAUGAGCAAUAUACCUGCAUUGAAUCUAUCACACAACCAUCUCAUCGGAAGAAUACCAAAUACCUUCUCCAAUCUACAAGAAAUUGAGAGUUUAGACCUUUCCUACAACAGAUUGAAUGGGAGCAUUCCUUUUGGUCUACUUGAGCUAAAUUCUUUGGCAGUAUUCAGUGUUGCAUACAAUAACUUAUCCGGUGCAGUGCCUGAUUUUAAAGCUCAAUUUGCAACUUUUGACAAAAGCAGCUACGAGGGAAAUCCGUUUCUUUGCAGUUAUCCAUUAGACAACAAGUGUGGGAUGAGUCCUAAAUUGUCCAAUACCUCCAAGAUUAAUGGAGAUGAGGAAUCAUCAGAAUUGGAGGAUAUUCAGUGUUUUUACAUUGGCUUUGUUGUGUCUUUUGGAGCAAUCUUGUUGGGAUUAGCUACAGCGCUCUGCUUCAAUCGUUAUUGGAGAAAAGCAUGGUUUAAGAUGAUAGAGGCAUUGAUGUUUUGUUGUUACUAUUUUCUCUUGGACAAUGUUGUUACACCCAUCAAGAGUAUUUGGUGCAGGAAUGUUGGUUAA